UUCUUUUUCUGGAGCAUUUCCAAAGGCAUGUUAUUUGGUAUCUUUAUAUAUAGGCUUUGAAGGAUCCGUAGUGCCACACAGCUUCCUGUCCUUUUUUGAGUGUCGAGAGAUCCAUCCUCCGAUAGUAGUCUCCAAAAAUGGCCAUGAUCUUAGAUGCCUUUGUAGGAAGGUACAUUGGCAAGCUUUCGGAAGUUAUAGAUGGAGAGAUAUCCAUGAUUCUAGGCGUGAAGGACGAGCUCAAGAAGCUUCGGGAAAGAAUGGAGAGUAUAGGAGUCUAUCUUGAAUCUGCGGAGCAGAGGAGGCAUACAGACAAGACUAUCGGUAUUUGGGUGAAGAAAUUGAAAGAUAUCAUGUAUGAUGCGGACGAUAUCAUCGACCGUUGCAUGAUCGAGGGCUGGAGAUUGUUGGAAGAUCAUCCGUCCGAAUCAGUGGUACGCCGUCCCUUAUCUUUAUUUUCUUGCUUUAGCUGCAUCAAGUUCCAGCAUAAAAUUGGUUAUGAAAUUAGAGAACUGAAUGAUGAGUGGAAACAUAUGGUAGAAGAUACAUCAAUAUUGUCUAAACUAGAACCCACCAGGCAAGGUGAUCAAGUGAGUGGAGUAAAUCAUCGUCAGACAUUCUCAAUGGAGAUCAAGUCUGAAAUUGUAGGGGAACAAAUUGAAGAGGCUACCAAGAGUCUCGUGGAGUCAUUAACUAAAGAAGAAAAUAGAAAAUGCCGAGUUUUCGGGAUUGUUGGUAUGGGUGGAAUUGGGAAGACCACACUUGCUUCUCACAUAUUUAAUGACGAAAGGAUGAAACAGAACUUCUCUAUACGAGUAUGGACCUGUGUUUCUCAGGAAUUUUCAGAGACGAGUUUGCUAAAAGAGAUUAUUAGGGGUGCAGGUGGAAAUUAUAGGGAGGCUGAAACUAAGCAGGAACUCAUAAACCAUCUUUGCUCUACACUUUCACAAAGAUUCUUUAUUGUAUUAGAUGAUGUAUGGGAGAAAGAUGUGUGGGAGGAUUUGCUUAGAUAUGCCGUUGAAAAUACAACAGCUAGUGGUAGGAUUCUGAUUACUACCCGAAAUACAAACGUUGCUGGAAAUAUUGGAGCAGAGAUCCACCACGUUAAUAAGAUGGACACCGACAGUGGUUGGAAAUUGCUCUGCAAGAUAGUCUUUGGAGAUGAUGAGGAGGAGGAGGAGAUCUCUAGCUUAAAAGGAGUCGGGGUUCAAAUUGUUGAAAAAUGUGACGGUCUUCCUCUUGCUAUCAAGGUCAUUGCAGGGGUUUUAAGGUCGAAGGAGAGAAGCAACCUAGAAUGGAACAAGGUUCUCAAAAGCGAAGUAUGGUCUAUAAGCCAACUUCAAGAACAACUCCCAAGAGCUCUAUUUUUAAGCUAUGAAUAUUUACCAUCUGAUCGCAAACAGUGUUUUCUUUAUUGUUCGUUGUUUCCUGAGGAUUAUCUGAUGGAUCAUGAUGAACUUAUUCGUUACUGGGUGGCUGAAGGUUUUGUGAAAACAACAGGAGGAGAUAAUCUUAUGGAAGAUGUAGCAAAGGAUUACUAUAGGGAGUUAAUUGCGAGGAACCUUUUACAGCCAUGUGAUGAGUUUGGUGACUUGAGUAACCUAGCUGGCAAUUACUGCAAGAUGCAUGAUCUGCUACGUUCUCUUGCUCUCUUUUUGACGCCGGAUGAAAGCAUUUUUAUUGACAACGAGCAACCACAUAACAUAAACCCCUCGAGUAAAAUUCGUCGCUUGACAAUAGUGAACAUUGGGAAGGAAGUGGAAGUUCCUGAUAUAAUAAAACAGCAAAAGUGCUUGCGGACUCUUAUCAUCCGGGGGAGUAGCCCCGCAAUGAUGGUCGAUAAUAAACUUUUUGAAAAAUUGGCGUUUCUGCGAGUCAUGGAUCUAAGCUGCACGGAGCUUGAGAACCUUCCGGACUCCGUAGGAGACCUUUUGCACCUGAGAUAUUUAAAUCUUGGUAGGUCGAAUAUCAGAGAGUUGCCAGAGUCCAUCGGAUGCCUGGUAAACCUACAGAUAUUGAAUUUGUCAUUUUGUGAAUUCUUGAAUACUCUCCCCAAGGCCAUCACCAAAUUGUGCAAUCUAAGAUGCCUUUUUCUUGAAGGAACUCCAUUAACUCAUGUGCCAAAGGGAAUAGGCAAAUUAAAACAUCUGACCCAUCUUCAAGGAUUUGUGAUCGGGCAUGAUGAUAGAAGAGAUGAUGAGGGGUGUGAUUUGAAGGAGCUGCAAUCUCUCUCCCAGCUGAGAUUCCUGGAGAUAGACAGAUUGGAGAGGACGCAACCAGCGGGAGCUCCGGCACUUGGAAACAGCAGCUUUCUGAGGACACUGAUUUUGAAUUGCGGACAACCUGAAGUUGAGGUAGAAGCAAUUGCAAUCCAGAGAAUUGACAAGAUUUACAAUGAGCUCUCUCCUCAAUCCACCCACCUACAGAAACUUGAGAUUCAUAACUUCAUCGGUACUGGAUUUUUCAGCUGGAUGAUGUCCUCUUCUUUGGCUGCCUCUUUUCCUAACCUGACGUCCAUAACACUGGAUAAUUGUAUAUCAUUCCUGCAGCUUCCUCCACUGGGCCUGUUGCCCCAGUUGAAAUAUCUUUAUAUUAAUAAUGCAUCUGCAAUCAAAACUAUCGGACUUGAAUUUUUUGGCCUCCAUGCAUCGUCAGCGGCGACUUCAUUUCCCAAGCUUGAAGAGCUGGAAUUUUAUUGGAUGGAGAACUGGGAAGAAUGGUCGUUUGGUAUGGUGGAGGGGGUUGGUGAAGAAAGAAGAGGAGCCCCCAAGUUGCUGCCUCAUCUCAUGAAGUUGAAACUUGAGCGGUGUCCCGAGCUGAAAGCUCUUCCAGAAGGCCUCCGGCAUGCCACCAAUUUACAGGAAUUGAGUAUUGUGAGAGCUGACAACCUAAAAGAAAUCAACAACCUUAAUCCCUCAUUGAAAUCUCUGGAAAUAUGGAAUUGUCGGAGGUUAGAGCACGUGGAGAAUCUUGAUAAGUUGCAAGUCCUGAUAGUAGGAUUACCUCCUUCCACAUUGACAUCCACCACUGAUGCUGAUGGACAGAUAGAGCCCCUCCCACGGUGGUUAGUGGAGCUACUCGGACAGCAUUCUCUAGAAGAAUUUAAACUAAGAUGCAGCUUAUCACUCCUUAAGACAUUCCUCAAGGACGGCCCCAACUGGCUCAUCAUUCAGCCGAUCCCACAGGUCGAGAUCGAUGAGCCUUUGCAUCCAGACUGUGGCUCAUCACAUAUUUGGUAUACGAAGGAUCCACCCACUUUCGAAGCCAACGUGGUGGAAUCAGAAGAAUCAGUGGAUUGAUAAAGCAAGGAUCCGCAAGCAUCCUCUUGUCAUUGAGAUAGCAAUGCUCGGGUUUCUUUCUCAAGGACAGAGGAUCAUCGGGUGGUCAGCAUGUUUCCUAUCUUUCGCUUGACGCUUUUCCCCCUCAUUUGGCGAUUAUGUCGUCUGAUUAAAACCUUUCUAUUGGGUUUUGUUUUGCCGCCUGUAAUUUCUGUUUCCUGGUGUUUUGAUGACAUUAUCAUUUGGUGGAGUGUAAAAUUUGGGAUUUAUAUGCAAUAAAGCAUCAUUUUUCUCAC